AGAGCUCCUCUCAGUGGGCAAAAGCCUUUCCAGACUGGUCCCUGAAAGCAUCGUGCGUACAGAUGCCUGCUGGUUGCCAUGGUGAAUGAUGCUGAUCUGAAGAAAUGAAUAAUGUGAGCGUUGGGGGCGACAGUGGGAUUACUCAGACAGUGGCGAGAGAGACAUCAAGGAGAGCCCAGAGCAGAGGAGGGGAGAAGGCUCCAUUCCUUCAGCUUUGGUCCACUCUGUCUCUGCCUCUGCAGGCUGCGUUCUAACCAGAUCCACCGCGAGCAUCAGAAUCAGGAUGAACAUCGAGGUUGGGAACGUUUCUUAUACAGGAGCCAUCAUUUCCUGGUCGUCCUCCGAGCCCUGUCUGGAGGACUAUUACCAUAUUAUGUAUAGGCCCAACUGGAACAGCAUCUUCUCCGGCUAUCUUCGCUACAGCUUCCACCACGAGGAGAAAGUGCCUCGAACGAUCAGUUCUGUGGUGCUGGAACACCUCGCCCCUUCCACUCUCUACUUCCUGUGCAUCAGUUGCAAGAAGGCUGCCUUCCCUUAUAGGCACUACUGCACCAUGUUCCAUACCCUGGAUAAGAGUCCACUGGCUGCUGGGAGCUCCCUGGUGGACCCCCAAAUUUCCCUUUGGGUGUUGAUGGCCAUUCUGCUGGCCUGCUUCACAGCCGUCUUAGCUUUUAUCUGCCUCCAGUUCUGGUGUAUCCGUUGCCAUGAGCCUCGAUGGUCUUACAGAGCCGGCCACAUGGAGGAAGCCAAUGGCUUGGUGAGAUGGCCGGAGGAGGCCCCAGCUCUUGGUCAGAGAGAGGAAGACCUGCAGGGGCUCCCCCUGGUGGAAAUGCCACGCAAGAACUCCGGAGCUGAUGCAGAACCAGAAGCAGCUGAAGACAACCAGGAUGCAGCAGCUGACCAGGAUGCCGACAAUGAGGAUGCCCCUGAUGAGGGUGCCUUACUGGGAGGGGGUGGUGAUCAUCCCGCCAUACUGCCUCGUUUUGGGGAGUGAGAGGUAGGGAGGAGGCAGCCUGCAUCAUGUAGCUUAAAGCCCUCUAUACAGUAGUUCUUUUGUAAAAAUGCGUCUCUAGGCUGCCCAUUUGUCUCCCCUCAAAUGUCAGUGCUCUUGUGGAUCGCCUGGGUUGGAUGGAUGCCCCAUGGCAAAGCUUCUCAAGCUGGAAAGCAUACACCCCCACGGUAUGUCAAAGGAGAAAUAUGGCAUCUCUUAGGAGCGUCCAUUUAGGGGAACCCAGUUAGGAAUUUAAAAUGUUAUUUUAAUAUUAAAACAAACAUGAAUAUAUUAUGGUAGAGAAAGCAAAAUUUGCAUGGCUUAAAUAAAACACAAUAC